CCAGUAUGGAUAUUAGUCUCGUCUAAGAACCUGUUUUUAUUUUACCUGUUAAUCUAGUUGCGAUUAGCAAGACUUCUGCACAACUUCAGUUGGCGAUUUCCUGGAAAAGAUAAUACACCUUCGUUGAGACACAGAUUAGCUAACAUGUUGAGAACUGUAGACGUGGGAGUGUUAUGUUGGAGUCUUACCUUAGUGUCUGCAGCCUACAUAGACUUGACCUACCCAAUCAAUGAGAAUACCCUGUACUGGUUCAAAGACAAGUUUGUGUUGGAACCUCUGGUCAGACUGACAGACCCACAUUGGGUGGCUACAAACAAACUGAGUACAGCCGAGCACGGAGGAACCCACAUUGACGCUCCGUACCACUUCAACAAGGACGGCUGGAAGCUCGGCCAAGUCCCGCUGAACCGCCUAUUUAUGGUGGAGGGAGUCCUGAUCAACAAGACAGAAGAGGUCCUGAAGGAUCCAGAGUACCAGUUAACAGCUAAGGACAUCAAGGACUGGGAGGAGGAGAAUGGAGCAUUACCUUCCAACUGUGUCGUGUUGGUACAGUUUGGUUGGGGCAACCGUUAUCCUGACCGUGUCAAGUAUCUCGGCUUGAAGAGUGAUGACGACUUUGAUCGCCACUUUCCUUCCUUAACUGGAGACGCAGCGGAAUACCUGGUUGAGUCAGGUAAAGUUUUUGGUAUAGGAAGUGACACUGCUUCACCCGACAGCAAGGGAACACCGAUUGUUCACAAGACUGUGACUAAGCACAAUAUGUUCAUCAUGGAGAACAUGGAUCUGAAUAACCUUGACGGGGUUCCCCCCAGGGGCUUCAAACUGGUGAUCCUGCCAAUGAGGAUUGAACAAGGAACUGGAGGCCCUGUACAUGUGGUAUUGAUUACAGACGAUAAGAAGAAGGAAAAGGAAGAAAAUACAAAGGAAGAAAUUAAGGAAGAGAUAAAGGAAGAAAAGAAGGAAGAGAAGAAAAUGGAGUAGGAACAGACUUUGAGAGGGAAUAUUCAGAAAGCAAUUUAGAGCUUUAGAUUAGAAAAUGUGAUAAAAGUGUUUUAGGAAUAUUAGAAAAACAUAUGGUUUUA